AUGAUCAAGAUGUUCAGGCUUGCGAGAAGUAGGCCUUUUGCGGCGGCUUUGAAGAGUAUUCGGGUUGGCUUCUCUUUUUUUUUUUUUUUGGUUGUGAGGGGUUUUGAGGGUCGUUUUGAGGGAAGCUGACGAUCAUGGAAAAUAUGGUAGAGUUCGCAGGUUAAGAAUGGAAUUUCGCAGAAACGACAGCUGUCGAUUCAUGAAUAUCUUUCCGCGGAUUUACUGAAGUCGGUAUGGGAUUGUUUCUUCCUUUCUAUUGUGCCGAUACUGGGGGGUCAAGUGAGUUUGUUGAUUGAUUGAUGGGUGGAUGGGUUGGGGGGUGGUUUAGUAUGGUGUCGGAGUUCCUAGAGGAGCGUUCGCGAAGACUGCAGAGGAAGCGGAGGCUGUGGCUAAGGAUAUUGGUAUGUUGUUGGGAUCAGAUUGGGGGGAUUGAGCGAAGGAGAAUAAAGGAGAAGAGCUAAUGAUAUGUGAUUGGAAUUUUUUACAGGUGGAGAGGACAUGGUUAUCAAAGCACAGGUCCUCGCCGGUGGUCGUGGAAAAGGCACAUUCGAUAACGGACUCAAGGGUGGUGUGCGUGUGAUUUACUCGUAUGCAGUUUCUCUUGAUAUUUAUAGUAUGAGAGCUCAAUGAUAGCUGAUGAUGUUCGAUCUAGACCUACUGAAGCUAAAAUGUUUGCCAGCAAAAUGAUUGGCCACAAGCUGAUCACAAAGCAGACGGGCCCAGGGGGGAAGCUCUGUACUGGAGUCUACAUCUGCGAGCGUAAAUUUGCGCGCCGAGAAUUCUAUCUGGCGAUCCUGAUGGACCGGGCCACGCAAGGUCCCAUCAUCGUCUCGUCUUCCCAGGGCGGUAUGGAUAUCGAAGGUGUAGCCAAGGAGAACCCGGACUCUAUCGUUACAACCCCCAUCGAUAUCCACAAAGGCGUCACUGAUGAAGUUGCUACCAAAGUUGCCACCAUCCUGGGCUUCUCGGAGCAGUGCAUCCCCGAGGCUACACAAACUAUCAAGAAUCUGUACAAGGUGUUUGUGGAGAAGGAUGCUACGCAGAUUGAGAUCAAUCCACUUAGUGAGACGAGUGACCAUAAAGUUUUGGCUAUGGAUGCUAAGCUGGGAUUCGACGACAAUGCGGACUUCAGGCAGGAGGAGAUUUUCUCGUGGAGGGAUAAGACCCAGGAGGACCCGGAUGAGGUCAAGGCUGCUGAGUAUGUUCUUGCCGUUCUAGAGAUGUGGGAAGUUUGGGGGCUGAUGGGUGGGGCGGCAGGCAUGGCUUGAACUUCAUUAAGCUUGACGGUGAUAUCGGAUGCUUGGUUAAUGGCGCUGGUUUGGCUAUGGCUACUAUGGAUAUUAUCAAGCUUAACGGCGGUCAGCCGGCCAACUUCUUGGACUGCGGCGGUGGAGCUACUGCACAGGCCAUUGAGCAGGCUUUCCAGAUUAUCACUAAUGACCCUAAGGUCACUGCCAUCUUUGUCAACAUCUUUGGUGGCAUCGUCCGCUGCGACGCUAUUGCCAAGGGAUUGAUUGCUACUGUCGAGAACAUGAGCCUCAGAAUUCCUAUCGUCGCUAGGCUCCAGGGAACCAACAUGCAAGAAGCACAGAAACUGGUGAGCCCCUUUCAUGACUCUCUCGACUCCCGGAAAUUAUUAACAGGGAUAAUUCUCCAGAUCAACGAGUCAGGUCUCAAGAUAUUUUCCUUUGAGGAUCUGCAAGACGCUGCUGAGAAGGCCGUUCAGUUCUCAAAGUUUGUCAAGAUGGCUCGCGAUAUCGAUGUCGGCGUUGAAUUCACCCUUGGGAUUUAG